CAGGUAAAUAACUUUAAUUUACUGUCUUUUACCUUAAAAAAUUAAACCUGUUUACAAAGGUAGAUUUGGAAUUUUAUUUUGACUUCUAAGAUCAGAAGAUGAGUAAAUCUGGUGUAUACCUUGUGAGUGCUACUUCUGUAGGCGAGGGCAAAACUAAUGCUCCCACAUAUACCAAUCCUGAUGAUAUCAAUUUAAAAAUGGCGUCGGAGCAUCAAUCAGGACAAACGCAGAACGGGAAUCCGUUUCGAGGGAUGGGAAAAGAAGAACUCUUGCGUCACUCGUCAAAACCGUUAUGGGUAAGACUACGAAUGAUUUGUGUUGCCAUCAUUCUGGUUGCAUGGCUAGCUUUGAUAAUUACCGUGGUGGCGCUGAUCUUUGCCUAUCCCAAAUGUAAGGAUAAGGAUUCUAGAUCAUGGUGGCAGAAUGACGUCAUGUAUAGGAUACACGUCAGAAGUUUCUACGACAGCAAUGAUGAUGGUAUUGGCGAUUUGAAAGGUGUUCACCAAAAGCUUGACUACAUUAAAGACAUGGGAGCUGGCGCUAUAUCAUUAAGUCCUAUCUAUAGUAUGGAUGCAACAAAAGAUGAUUUAAGUGUUAAAAACCAUAAAGUGAUUGAUCCUGACUUUGGAACUUUACAAGAUUUGAAAGAUUUGAUAAAGGCUGUACAUGACAAAGGUAUGCGUAUCAUAUUGGAUUUCAUACCUAACCAUACAAGCGAUAAACAUACGUGGUUUUUGGGCAGUAUGGACGCAACAAACAUUGAAUACAAGAACUAUUACGUAUGGAGUAGUCAGAUUACAAACUGGAACUCUGUGUAUGGAAAUUCUUCUUGGGAAAUGGAACCUGCAAGGAAUGAGUAUUACCUACAUCAAUUUAAGACCGGUCAACCUGACCUUAACAUUAGAAGUGCCAGGGUUGUAAACGAGUUAAAGGAUAUCAUGGAGUACUGGAUGGUCACAGUAAACGUCGAUGGAUUGUAUGUACGAAACAGCGGGUACAUAUUCGAAGACUAUGACAUGCGCAACGAAACAGUUUCUAACACAGCAGGUGUUACGGAGGAUGAAUAUGAUUAUUACAACCAUGAGUAUACAUACGGUCUGGAGAGUAAUAGGUUCCUGAUGUCAAUGUUCCGCGAGGUUGCAGAUAACACAUCUUCCAAAUUUUUAAUGGCUGACAGAAGAGGAACAACAACUGAAAAAAUGCAAUAUUAUGGUAGCUUCCCAGGCAGUGGUGUACAUAUAUCUCUAAACCCAAUAGGCACUGCACCAUGUAGUGGAAACUGUAUCAAAGAUUAUGUGAUGGACUGGGUUGACAACUUCUCAAAUAACAAAUGGCCAAACUGGAUGACUGGCGGGGAAGACAUGUCAAGAUUUGCUUCAAGAUUUCCCGCCAACUUUAGCAGGCCUUUUUAUAUGUUGUCGAUGCUGCUUCCGGGUACCCCUAUUAUAUACUACGGAGACGAACUCGGAAUGACUGAUUUACAAGCAACAGAACAUGUGACUACUGGGUUAAUGCAAUGGGAGAACUCUACUAACGCUGGAUGGAACUGUACCAACGAUUGUUACAACGGUGUUAAUAGCGACUUCUCAACUAUAAAUGCAGCUGCUCAAAUGAAUAAGGCUGGUUCACUUUAUGAAUUCAUCAAAAGCUUGUCUUCUCUGAGAACAGAGGAUGCCUUCCGUUAUGGAGAGUUUCAUACAGCUGUCACUAGCAACAAUAUUUUCUCGUUCGUCCGAGAGUUUGAUGGAGUUACAGGAUAUCUUGUUGCAAUCAACUUUGGAGAUAAUGCAGAAACCCACGAUUACACAUCAUCUCAUGGCACAAUCCAAUCAACUGCCACUGCUGUGAUGACAACAGGAAGUGACGUAGGGUUCAGUGUUGAUGACGAUGUCGAAACAGAAUCUCUAAGAUUAUCGCCACUUCAGGGAAUCGUUGUUUCGUGGGAUUUUAAAGCAAAAGAACUUUGAAACUAGUUACAUAUGUUUAGGAUAUUUUGGAAAACAAGACUGUUCUGAGAAUACAAAGCAAUUAGUUUUAGAUCAAAUACAAUUUUCUAUUGAUAAAACAUAAUAUUCUACAAAUCUGAAAUAUACUAAGAGCAUAACUAUGUUUAAUAUUUUUUUUUUUCUCUAAUUCAUAUUCACAUUAGUAAAUCAAUUUUGUAUUCAAGAAACCUCUUGCAAGACUGAACAAUAAAUCUAAAGCCAAUUUAAGCCUUUCUGACAAUUUCCAAACUCAGUGGCAAAUUCAGUACUGUUUAGACCAUUCGGUUGAAGUCAAUUGAGAUAUGUCUCCGACUUAUGUCUUAUGUCCCAUUACUGUCUUUUUAUUUAUACAAGACAACAUCAUACUGUAUUAUUUAAACUAAUGAACAGUUCUAGAAAAUUUCUGGAAAACUAAUUCAACUAUUACAAAAA